AUGUCAAUCGAUUUCACCUCAAAUAACCGAAAACCAUCGAUUGAGCAGCAACAACAACCAAAUUCAUCAGAACAUCGGUGAGAUUUGCUGGGUUUUUUGCGAGAUGAGUGAGGAAAAUCAAUAAUUUUUUUGCAUUACAGGGUAUAUAUACAGAAAACAAUGAAUAAUCAAUUAUUACAACAAGGUUUAGCCGAUGGAACAGUUCGAAUGGUACCAAGAUCGAAUAUUGUUUCAAUUCCUGGUGUUUCGAAUGGCCAACAUCAUCCACAGCAACAACGGGUUCAACAACAACAUCAACAACAACAUGUUCAACCGAUUCAAAAUCGCGGACAAAUUCAGUAUAUUGCAGCUGGGGGAGCGGGAAUGAAUGGAACAAUUGCGGGUAGAAAUAAUAUUGUGAAUGGGAAUGGAGUGGGAAUUCCGAUGCAAAGAGUUGUUGCGCAGCAACAAGGUGGAGGACAAGUAUUUCGUAAGUAUUUUCAAAUUGCAUUUUUGGGGAAUGGGAAUUUUUUUAAUGCGUCUAUAAAACAUUUUCCUGGAGAAUUUUGAGAUUUUGAAGUGAAAAAUAUAAGUAAAUUAGGUGGCUGAGUUAUGACGUAGCAAAUUUUGAUAUUUCUUAUUCAAUAGCAUAUCAACUCGAUUCUAUGAAUUUAAAAUUUGCAUUGCCCGAAGAGACGGUGAAUAGACUUCUCCCAAUCUUAGAGCUUUUUUUUAUUUCCCAAUUUUGCCACGUCAUAACUCAUAUUCAUAGUUGAUCUACCAAUUAAAAAAAACUAUAAAUUAUAAAUUUUAACUUGCCAAAUAAAUUCUCAAAAAUUCCCAUUUUCUAGGAACGAUAGUUCAAACUCAACCUGUUCGACCUCAGCCAAAUUAUGUGCAAUCUGGAAUUCCGCCAAAUAAUCUACAACAACAUCCACAGCAGCAACAAAUUCGACAGAUACGAUAUGUUCAACCGGUUUCGAAUAUUCAGCAGGUAAUUUUUGACUUUAUAUCUCAUAAAGAAAAAGUUCUGAAAUAUUGUAUUCAAAACAAUUCUACCCUAAAAAUGAUCUAAGAAUUUCGGUGACUUUAACUUGAAUUUUUGAGCACCCAUUAUGAAAAGCGGAGAAAAAAAUAAAUCUCAUAAAAAUACCAAUUUCCUUUUUGUCGGGCAGCCAAAAUGGGCUUGAUUUUAUUCUGCGAGAAAGAAAACCGCACUAAUUUAUUCCAGCCACCAGAAUUAUAUUUUAUCUUGAAAAAAUAAAAAGGUAGGGUUUUUUAAUUUUAAAAAUUGAGAUUUUUAUUACUUUUUUCUGGGGACCAUUGAGAAAUUUAGAGAUAAAUUUUUUGAUCUACUAGAAAAGUUGAAAAUCAAAUUGGAGUAAUGAAUGGGUUCCAGAAUAAAAUCUUCGAUUUGAAAAAAAAUCACGGACCUUUAUUUUUUGCCGAACCCUUCUAUCCUAAAACCCACCCUAAAAUACUCCUUUGAUGAAAAUUUGAUCGAAAUAAUCCCAUUGUCUAAUGCUUGAAUAAAUUAUCGCGGUUCUCUUUUUUCUCGAAUUCAUCAAGUGUUUUUUCUUUUUCCAUUUUCGGCCAGAUGUUCUUUAGGGCACAUGCAGGUGUUCGACUGAGGAAAUUCCCUCAUUUCUGUUUUCUUUCACUUUACUUUUGGGUCCCCUCGUGAUUAGCACAACGAAAACACAAAACAUUGCGUAGGAGUUGUGCGUAGGAGUUGUUAUUUAUCAAUGGAGCGCACCUAACACCUGUUUGGAAUGUUCUAGAAGCUUAAAAAAUCGAUAAAAUUGAGGAAAACCCGCUCCAUUGAGAAAAGCUCGCUCCGCCCACUUCACACAGAAAACAUGGCGCAUGGCCGCACCUGCGAAUUGUCGGGACUUGUGGGAACAUAUAUAGCUGGAAAAUUUUGGUUUUUUAGAUUAAAAAAUUUUUUUUUUGAGAUUUAAAAUAAAUUGUAUAUGUUUUCUUGAAUUCUUAGCUGAUUUCAUAGAAUUUUAGAAAAUGUAUGAUUUAUUUUCAAAACGUCUCAGAUAAUAAUUAGGGAUAUUUUGUUCUGAAUUUAAAAAUAUUUAGAAAUUAUUGAUUUUUAACCUCCUAAUCUUCAAAAACAAUAACUUAUUUUUGAAACAGUGAAAAAUAUUUUUAAGCUACAGGAAAAGUUCGAAAAAUUUAUAUAAAAGUUUUGUAACAGUGAAAUUUAGUUAAAAACUUGUAAAAUUUAUACAAAUGUAUAGUUUAUUGGAAUUUUGCUGAACCGAAAUUUUUUCACAAAAAAACUCCGAAUUUUUCCAGCAACAGCACCAUUCUCAACAUCCAGCAGUAAUGCAACAAUAUCAGCCACAGCCGCAACAACCUCAACAUCAAAACAGACCAAUAUAUACAAAUCUGGCAGUUCCUCUCCGCGAACCAUCUCCUGAAUACAUUCCAAUCAGACAAGACAUCAAAACCGAACCCGAAGAAGCAGAAUCGACAUCGGCGAACUCGGAACCACUUCCACCUGAAGAUGCUGAUAUUGAUAUUCAAAUUCGGAAUGUUGUUUGUAAUUAUACACUGCCUCUUCAUAUUGAUUUGCGGAAGUUGGCGAUGAUGACGAAGAAUGUGACGUAUGAAAGGGAGAAGGGGGUGAGUUUGGAAGCGGGAUUUUUGGAGGGAAAAUCUGAGAUUAUUGAUUUUCAAAAUUCUGAAAAAUGUUCCAGCCUAGUUUUAGAGACUUCCAAAAUUCAGCUGAAAAUUACUGUUUGAAAUUCCCUUCAUAAUCCCAAAUUCUUUGCAGGUAAUGAUGAAACAAAAACGCAACCCAAACUGUUUCAUCAAAAUCUACAGUUCCGGAAAAGUUUACAUCGUCGGUUGCCGCAGUGAAGAUGAUUGUCGAAAAGCGGCGAGAUCAAUUGCGAGACAUGUUCAACGGGUUAUGGGAAAAGCCGCGCAACGAGUUUGUAUUCGAAAUUAUCGUGUGAAUAAUGUUUUGGCGACUUGUCGAAUGCCUUUUGGUAUUAAAAUUGAAUCGGUAAGAUUUCAAGAGGUUUUAGUUAUGCCGUGGCAAAGGCUAUACACCUUUUAAGUUAGAAAAAAAUUUCAGAAUUUUUCGAAUCUCAAAACUUUGCCACAUCAUAACUCAUAUUAAAAAUUGAACUGAAGCUACUCAAAUCCAAUUUUUCAGAUCGCUUCAAAAUAUCCGGCCGAAGUGUCAUAUGAACAAGAAUUGUCGGUUGGUCUUGUCUGGAAAUCCGUCACUCCAAAAGCAACUCUUCGUAUUCACACAACCGGCUCAAUUACGGUAACUGGUGCCAGAAGUGAGGCUGAUGUUUUGGAAGUGAUCUCCAAAAUUUAUCCGAUUGUUUUGGAGUUUCGUUGUCAGAAACGCUCGAAAAAUAAUGUGGAUGCGAAUAAGAAGAAAAGACGAGCGCCGGCGAAUCCGGGAAGAGCGUGAGUGAUUUAAUUUUGAAAUUUACUUGGAAAUAUUUUGAAACAGUAGAAUUUUGAAAAUUAUUAUGGAAUCCAAUAAGAAAGGAUUUACUAAAUUUUAAAAUCGAAAAUUUAUUCAAGACAUUUUUGAAACAGUGAAAUUUUGAAAAAUUUUGGUAAAAAUUGAUAUUCACUGUUUCAAAAUUGUCUCGAAAAAAUUCUUGAAUUCGACAGCAAUCAACGGGAAUAUCAAAUCUCAAAAAUCAAAAUUUCAAUUAGAAAUUACUUGAAACAGUGAGAUUUUUGAUUGAAAAAUUUUAAAGAUUGAAAUUUUUUUAAAGCUUUGUUUCAAAAAAUCCCGGAUGAAUUUUAAACAAGAAUAUUAAUUCUUAAAAAUCACAAUUUUAAUUAGAAAUUACUUGAAACAGUGAAAGUUUUAAGAAAAAAUAAUAUGAACAUUUAUCGAAAAAUUGAAAUUUGAUCAAAAGUAAGGAAUAAAUUCAAUUUUAGGCGAAACAUUUGAAUUUUUUCAACCAUUUUAAUUUUUGCAGUCCGCCCGUCAAACGCGAACGCAUCGAUUACGGUUCAUCUGGUGUCAUCAACAAUAAAGUCUAUUUUUCCGACGAAGACGAAGAUCUUUACGACGAAUUGGAUUUGGAGGAAUAA